AUGGACUCCGUGAGGCAGGAGCUCCGCAGGCUCGUCGCACCGGUUCAAUCAUUGUCUCCGCUAAUCGAUCUAGAAAGAUUCGGAUCGGCUGGAAAAGCGAUCAGGGUCUUGGCCUUGACGCUACGGUUUCUGGACCUAGUUCGCGCCCGGGAACCGCGCUCGCCGAAAGAACUCUAUUUCGCGGCCGAGGCUUUCAUCAUCCGCCGAGAGCAAAGACAACAUUUCCCGCGUGAGCUAGCCGCAACUGGAGCCAAGGAGCGGCUCCCAACGAAUUCCAAGCUCGCCGCCUUCAGCACUUUCAUCGACGCCGACGGUCUACUCCGGGUGAAGACUAGGUUGCACGAAGUGUCCUACAUGAGCGACGACGAGAGGAACCCCAUCGUCCUGCCGGGAGAAUCAAGAUUCGCAAGAAUACUCAUCGUUGAUAUUCAUCGAAUCAACGCUCACUUUGGAAUUACGACAGUUCUCAGCCAUCUCCGACGACGCUAUUGGGUUACCCGGGGCCGCCAAACGCUUCGGUCGGUUCUCUCUCGAUGCGUUGUCUGCAGGCGCGAGCAGGCUUCUCCGCGCGGCCAGUUGGAAGCUCCACUUCCGGUGGAGCGCGGCCAGUUUCAGCCAGCUUUCGAGACGGCUGGCAUCGACUUCUGCGGACAUUUCCAUACACGAUUCAGAGAGGGUGACAGCGAGCACGGGGCCUACGUGAUACAGAAGACUUACGUCGCUAUCUUCGUCUGCACGUCGACGAGGGCUGUACACCUCGAGGCGGUCCCAUCGUUAUCUGCGCCACAGACGCACAUGGCACUUCGUCGUUUCCUGGCUAUCUACCCAGUCUGUCGAGGUCUAUUGAGUGAUAAUGGAGCCAAUUUGGUUAAGGCUUCCACGGAUCUCAAGCGACUUUUCAACUCGAUGAAGGACCCCGCUGUUAGGGAUCUCCUUCACGGCAGAUGCAUCUCAUGGAAAUUUGCGCCGCCUCGCGCUCCGCAUUUCUCGGGUCACACCGAGCGACUGGUGGGAACGUUGAAAUCAUGCCUCCAUCGGACUCUCGGCCGAUCGCUAGUGGGGUUUGAGGAAUUCAGGACUAUCAUAGUGGAGCUGGCCGCCGCGAUCAACGAUCGUCCAUUGACCGGGACCGGUGCAAACGCAGAUACUCCAGUGGCCCUCACCCCCGCUAUGUUCAUUAAGGGUGGACCGCAGCCCGAGCCGUUGGCGACUAUCCUUCCGAUCGACGAACUACGCAACGACGAACCCGCAGCGGGAGACGCGCUGAGAAGGCAGCUAAUCGAGCGCACGACUUACUUCAGAUCCCUCUCGGUCAGGUGGUGGCGUGAAUACAUCGCCUUGCUCCGUAGUGCAAAUCAGACACGGGGCCGCGAAACCCCGCCGAUCGAGCUCGGUGACGUAUGCAUUCUGGUCGACGAUAAUCGACCCCGGCAGAAAUAUCCGUCGGUACGAGUAAUCGACGCCCAUGAGGGUCGAGACAAACUCAUUCGGACCUACACGGUGAAGUUCCAGAACGGGAAAACGUCACGUCGCGCGGUCCACCUGCUAAUCCCCUUGGAAGUCGACAGCGCGGAUUCGGAAAGAAAAUCCGGGAGUCAGACACCCAACAGCCAAACACCGACCGAGCCCGGAACCUAA